AGCAUCAAAAUUCAUAAACAAUGUGGGUGGGUGGCUCAGCCAUUGUCUUUUCCGCCUUCUUUAUUCGUUUCACUGCCCAAAAAGCCAAUUGGGCUUUAUUUUAUUUAUCAGACUAUCAGCUCACUGCCUCCUCCUCUGAUUUUUUCAACUUUCACUGAUUAUACACAAUCUCCACUCCGUUCCUGAACUUCCAUUUGGCUUCUUCAUUUCUCUCUUCUGCUUCCUUCUCACAAUUUCACCAUGUCUGUCAUUGGAGAGGCUGCUCUGUCUGUGUUUCUGGAGCUGUUGGGGGGCAAGUUGCUCGACUCUGCGCUCAACUUCGUUGCUGAUCAUAAGCAACUCCGCCCACAGCUCAAGCAGUGGCAGUCCAUAUUGCCCGAUAUCCAAGCAGUGUUGGACGAUGCAGAGGAGAAGCAGAUCAAGAACGAGGGCGUGAAGAAAUGGUUGGAGGAUCUCCAGGACUUGGCAUACGAUGUGGAUGACAUCUUGGAUGAGUUCGCUUAUGAAGAGUUACGUCUCAAGCUCAAGAAAUCGCAAGCUGAAGCCAGCACUAGCAAGGUACGGAAACUCAUUCCUACCUGCUGUACCAGUAGUAAUUUCACUCCCACUUUUUUCCUGUUUAAGAAUUCCAUGAUUCCGAAGGUGAAAGAGAUCACUGCUAGACUGAAUAGUUUGACUACUCGAAGAAGUAGUUUGGGGUUGAGUGAGAUCUUGUCUCAAGCUCCAACCUCCAAGGGAAAGCAACCUAGGCUGCAAUCAACUUCCGUACUGGAUGGAGUUGUGGAGUAUGUUGGCAGACACAAGGAGAAGACAGAAAUGAUUGAGUUUCUCAAAGGUGAUAACUCCAAUGGAGUUUCAGUCCUUUCCAUCGUGGGCAUGGGAGGGAUGGGUAAAACAACUCUUGCUCAGCUUGUUUACAAUGAUGCCACCAUCAACCAGUGUUUUCACCACAAGGCCUGGGUAUGCGUUUCUGAUAAUUUUGAUGCAAUUGCUAUAACAAAGGCAAUUUUACAGUCCAUCACUUCUGAGUCAUGUGAUUACAGUAACUUGGAUUUACUUCAAGUUAAGUUGAAGGAGAAGUUGUUUGGGAAAAGAUUCUUGCUUGUUUUAGAUGACAUUUGGAACGAGAAUUAUAAUGAUUGGACCAUCUUACGGUCUCCGUUUGGAGCAGGGACCCAUAUCAUUGUAACCACUCGUCUUCAAAUUGUUUCAUCUAUUGUGGAUCCGCUCAAAGCUUUUCAUUUGGAUAAACUACCGGAAGAUGAUUGUUUAUCCAUAUUUGCACAGCAUGCAUUAAAAGCAAGAAAUUUCGAUGGAUAUCUCCAGUUUAAAGAAAUUGGAGAGAAAAUUGUUAGAAGGUGCAAUGGCUUACCUUUGGCUGCAAAGGCCAUUGGAAGCUUGCUUCGCACUGUUACGUAUCCUGGAAAAUGGGAAAGAAUAUAUGAGAGUGAGAUAUGGAACUUACCAGAAGAGCAGUGUGGCAUAAUUCCAGCUUUGCGAUUAAGCUACCAUCAUCUUCCGUCAUACUUGAAACGAUGUUUUGCAUAUUGCUCCAUACUUCCUAAAGAAUAUGCAUUUGAGGAAGAAGAAAUUAUCUUGUUGUGGAGAGCAGAAGGUCUCUUGCAACAAAAAGCUAUGCCUCAAAUUAAAGAUCUCGGAAAUCAAUAUUUUCAAGAUCUAGUGUCGAGGUCAUUUUUUCUGACAUCCAGUAAAGAUAAGUCCCGAUUCGUAAUGCAUGACCUUAUCAAUGAUUUAGCUCAAGUAGUUGCAGGGGAAAUAUGCUCAAAAUUAGAGGGUGAUAAGAAAUGGAAGUUCUCAAAUCGCACUCGACAUUCUUCUUAUAUUGUUGGAACAUAUGACACAGCGAAGAAGUUUGAAGCAUUUGAUCAAGUGAAUUCUUUACGUACUUUUUUACCCUUCAAGUUUGCUAGUGAUUAUCCGCUGCCUUUUUUAACUAAUUUUGUUUUGGUUGAUUUGUUACCAAGACUUGGCUACUUAAGGAUGCUUUCUUUGAGUGGGUAUUGGAUCACUGAGUUGCCUGAUGUUUUUGAAAAUUCAAAACAUCUUCGCUACUUAAAUUUUUCCAACACCCUUAUCGAAUGCCUACCUGAUUCUUUGUGCACUCUUUAUCAUUUGGAAACUUUAUUAUUGAGACGGUGUCGGCAGCUUCAAAGGUUACCUUCAAAGAUGGAAAAUCUUGUCAACUUGCAUUAUCUUGAUAUCAGAGGUGCGAACUCAAUAGAAAGGAUUCCUUUUAGAAUUGAUAAGCUAACAAAUCUUCAAAGGUGUUAAAGUUAGUUUCCAUGCAACCAGCUUCCCAUGCAAAGGUGGCCAUGCAGAAGAAUACGUUGCAGGCAUUCGAGCCUUGGUCUGCAGGAACUGAAGCUUAAUGUUGCCGAUCCACUUGGUGAUUUUGGUUGUUUUUUGAUUAUUUUGUAAUUUAGUUCAUGUUGAACUAAGUAGGUAAAUGUUUUGGUAUUGAUUGAUUGAAAAAUCAGCAAUGCAAGUUGUACAAGCUAAUCUUGUAAGUUUCAAUGCAAAUUAGUGGUGUUAGGUAAUUGAUUAGGUGAUUACUUGUUUGUUUUACUUGUUGACUAAUAUAUGUAAUGGCUUAAAGCCUUGUUUGAAUGUUAAUGAAAAAUAUCAGCUCACUUUCAUUCAA